AUCUAGUUUUGUUGGGAAACCAAUAUAUUUAGUGUAACGGAAUAUAACUUUUUAAAUAGUUCUACACUUACACAGUGUCCAUGUUAAGGUUAAUUUGGGCGCGCAAUAAAAGGUCGUGUUAUUAAACGAUAAUUUUAGAAUUAGGAUGUGACACCUCAUAGUUAAACAAUGGCCACAGUUAACGAGGACAUUAAUCCGCAGAGACUCGACGAUGACAUGUGUCGUCGAGCUCUGAACAGGGCUCACAAGAAGGUUGUUGCUGAGAUGGACCCAGAUGUUGUGCUGAACGGACUCAGGAAUUCUGAAUUUCUGCCACAAGGAGAAUAUGAGGACCUAAUGAAUUUGAUCACACUGCCGAUGAAAUGUCGCCUCCUUGUGAAUAAAAUUAGUCAAGGUGGCAACGGAGCGUACUUCGAGUUCAAGAAAUGUCUUCGAGCAACAAAUCAUGACCAAUUAGUAAUAGAGCUCGAGUUAAAAGAAGUUGAAAUAAUAUCUGAGAUGACAAGAUAUACUGAGCUACAGAAUGAAAGAUCAAGUAGACGAAAUAAUGAGUUCACAUUGUAUGAAAGGAUGGAAACUGACGAUCAAACAAUACCACCUGAACCAGCGUUGCAAAGAAGUGCUUUGUAUGGUAUACGUCGUGACCAAGAAUUUGUCCAAACCAUAACCAAAGACCUCCAUAACGGGAGACUUAUUGAGCUGACCAAGGAGAUGGUGGAAGAGUUGAAGAGUCCGGGUGUCAGUGAACAAGGACAUCGGGGCGGAUUCGGCACUGUCUACAUAUCUAACGAUCAAGUUCCCGGAUUCAAUUUGAGAGUCGUCCUCAAAGAAAUCAAUGCGAAACAGAAAGAUGGGAAUUUGUCACAAAAAUUAGGAUCUGUAACAAAUGAAAAGAUUGCAGCACGGCUGAUGCAUUUUGCUAUUGUUCCUCUUCUGGCAUAUCAUGACGAUCAUCAUAAUGAGAAAUACUACUUUAUUUCGCCUUAUCUUGAGAAUGGAGAUCUGUUCGAAGCUAUCGCACAUGACAGACUAUAUUCGUCUGCUGUUAAACUAAAUUGGGAAAUCCGGAUAAAGAUCAUGUACCAGAUUGCUUGUGGAAUAGACUUUAUGCACACCGGCAAUAAAUUCAGGGGAACAAUAUUACACAUGGAUAUUAAAUCAAAGAACGUUGUUUUGGAUGCCAAAUUCAACGCUAGAUUGAUUGAUUUUGGCCUGGCACGAGAGUUGAAAGAAGGCGAUGAAAAGUUGUUGUUGACAGCCUUACCUGUUGGAACACCUGGGUACUUUCCGACUGUUAGACAUAAUUUACUAACAAAACAACAUGACUUUCACAACUUCGGAGUAGUUUUGCGCGAGUUGUUGACAGGUCUUGAACCAUCUGAAAAGGAAGAGGGGGUUGACUUUCGAAAUUGGCACAAGAGUUUAAUAUUAAGAAAAAAACAGGAAAGUGUUUGGAAUAAUAUCGAUAUUGACGAGGCCGUUGAUGAAAUUGCUGAAAUAUCUGUCCUUUGCACGAAAAGCGUAAACGAAAAUCUUGAAACAAUUGAUUUAAAGAGCAUCACAUCUAAAUUCAAGGCCAUGCUUAGGAACAAAUCUCUUUGGGACGCAACAGAUGGCGAUCGCUGUGAAAUAUGCUUGGUGAAUAAACACUUAAAAGUUAGUUUUGAUGGACAUGAUUUAACACGCGAGUCUCAGGCAAGUUGCGCACGUAAGAUCCGCACGUGCUGCUCCUGUAUGAGGAACUCUUACAUCAACCCAGUCAAGUGUCACACGUGUGGGCAAACCAUUGAACCGGUUAUAAAUGCAAAAUGGGGAGCCUUGCUUCUAGCUGGCUUUGAUACAAGAAAUGGAAGAUUGUUUAUUGAAGACAUCAAUCGAUUUAAAGAAGUCAUUACCUCGACGGUUCUUCCAGCAAUGAGUAUUAGCCAAUACAAUAUCAUCACUGUUGUUCCUGAUACAGAAAAUGGAACAUGCGCCACUGGGCAGAUAGAUAUUGCUUUUGAGAAGCUUCGAGCGAUGGAUAUAACAACAUUAUUGUUUGUGUACUCAGGGCACAAAGGGCCACACGAUGACUUAGGACAGGAAGAUGACAACAGUCUACACAUUGGCCCUAAUGAAUACUUUCCGCUAGCACGGUUAAAUGACAAAUUGAACACAUGGAAAAGAGACAAGCCGCAGUUCAACAAAGUGAUUGCCUUUUUUGACUGUUGUUUCCCUGAACCAUUGAAAUUAGAAAGUCCUCUAAAGCUUAUUCAAUUCAAUCCAACGGCGCGGACGGAAAGGGUAAAUGCUUUCCAAAACAAGGGAAGUCCGUGUUUGCAGCUUGUUCUUCAAGCCUUUACGGCAACUGCUAACGGUGGUAUAUGCAUUUAUAAAGAUUGUGCAUGCAGCAAACAUCUUCAUGGAGAUUUUAUCACUCUGGAUGAUUUGUGGAAAUAUCUGAACGAGCAUGAUCAAAGAGGUUAUUUAGAUAUGCGUAUGCCUCAUCUAAAUACACAGGACAUAAGUUUGUGUGACACUGUCUUAGCGUAUAAUUAUAACUUUGAAGUAAAAUUUACAUUCAAAUUAGAGUGGCAUGAUAAGUUACUAGAAAAAACUGUGCAUCCGAGAGAUUUCAGAGAAUUGAACGAACUCAAACUGAUACUAGCUGAAGAAGUUAUGCGACACGUGCUUGGCAUAGAUCAAAGCAGCCAGUAUCUGAAGUCUAAGUUUGCUGACAUAAUCAGCAUCGAAAUAUAUACUGGACCGAGAACCAAACAUAUUCAAGAAAUUGAAACUCUCGAACAGUUGAUGUUAGCAUGGACCUCAAAGCGGAUUUUGAGAUGCACUGCCCGCCUAUUGUACAACAUAAACGUGGGGAAACCCGUAGGUCGAUGCUUAAAGGACGUCCUAGAAAUAAGGACUCUGCAUCGAACAGCGCUUUACAAAUGCAGCCUGACGGACAAACAUUUGACUAAGUCAGAUCUAGUGAGAUAUAGAGCAAUGGUGGAGAAGCUGGAUAAAACUAGCGGAUAUUUAAAAGAAUACUUACACGCCCUGGAUAUGAUUAUUCAUCACACACAGGAAACCCGGUUUCAAGACAACCGUUUGGACAUUACAUUUCUUGAUUUGCCCAAUAGCUUCACCUUGGUCCACAUGAGUCUUGUACAGACGACUGGCGUUCAGGAAGUAACACAGCAGUGAAAUGGGCCCUUGGACUGACUUCAUUUACUCGACGAGUACAUGCACUGUUAUUAUCAUAAUGUUGUGUACCUAUUUUGCAAACGCUUUGUUUGAAAAGCAUAUAUCAUAAUGUAUCAAAUUUAUUCAUGGUGUUACACCACAUUAAGCUAGUCGUAAACAUUAAAUAGCAGAACGCUUUUGAUCCCGAAAAUGUUUGUUGAAUAUAACAUGUGUUUUUGUUAUAAUCAUUUUCUUGACGGCUGUUGACUAGCUGUUGACCCCGUGUGGUAUUUCUGUAUAUGGCCCUAAUCUUUUGAGGUGAAGGGGGGCAUACUGAUUUGUCAUUGUAUGCACAUCCGUCUGUUCGUUCAUCCGCCCGUCCUUCCAUAUGUCAUAGUGUGUUGUGUCCUGCGUAAUAAAACAAAUAUUGAUACUUAAGGGGAGACACAUUGCAAACAUAUCAACCACCCAUUGAACAUGCAACCUUCGAUCAUUCGGUUCGAUUAUUAUCGACGCAACAUUAGUUAUGGUCCCUUUUUGGCAAACAAAAUCACAUGUGUUUACUUAUGUCGCGUAGCUUUACAUGUAUGUCUGCUAGAGGCUGACACUUCAACAACAUAUUAUCCAGCACGUAAUCUUUCGCAUCGGAAAUGUUCGAAUUAUUAAAAAGAAUUGCUUCUAGAGGGAAGAACUGUGAAAUGAAUAAUUAACUGUAUGUUAACUUGCGUAUAUGUACAUGCGCAAAGGAUACUUUUUUACGCAAACGUGAUUAUGGCCCCUUUUAGCAAACAAGUACGGUAUAAAGUCGUCUCGCGCGUUGCUCAACCAGUAUUGCUGCUACAGGGCAGUACUAUUAAAAAAUAUAACCAGCGCGUGAAUUUUCGUACUUUCAAAAACUGUUUUAUUUUUUUGCCGACAUUAGCGAGUGUUUCAGACUAAGCAAAUGUGGGUACUUUUUUAGUUUAAAGGUUUGAUUUAGUAUAUCUCAACAAUCAAUUAUUGCGGAACAGCUCAACUAAUCUGAUUUUGUUGGAAAUCUCUUUCAUUGGUACAUAAUUGUACGUAUUAAUAUUUCUUUCAGUUAAAAAAACCCUGAAAUUAUUACAUGAAUGUUAUGUUACAAGAGUUACAAUUUCAUAUAGUUCAGUGUUUACUGGUUUCAUAUUAGUAAUAAGAUCCCGCCCAACCGAUUACGACAUUAGUUGCAUUAGUUACAUGUUUCUCUUACUAGUAAAUACGCAUACAUACAUAUGAAACAAUAGAGAAAUGUACUUACACGACACUCAUAAAUCACCUUCGAUAGUACUCAACUUUUCUGUUCAUAUCGUUUUUUUUUAUCUUUGUAUAUAGGAAAGAUUAAAAAAACGUAUUUAGCACCAGAAAACUAGCUUUGUUGUUUUCACUUUGAACCAUUGAGCUUGCGCUUCAAAUCCUGCAAUAAUGUUUCAUUUUGAUAUUGUUUUAGUUUCAUAUGACAUAAUUAUUACUGUGAUUUGUGUGCAUUAUUUCAUUUGUUAGUUGUUUCUUACAUUAAUUGUUAAUGGCAUCCUUAAUUAUAACAUGUAGAAAUUAUAUUUGGGACAAAAAACAUUGUUAUUCUCAUUGUAUGCAUGAUGUUCAUGGCGCUGACUUAUGCUCGUAUAUUCUUUAAGAGCGUCGAUGCCUGUGCUAUAUGUAUAAUAUCAAAUUACACGUUUUAACAGCUUGUAUAAUAAUAAAGUAUAAUAGAGUUUCA